UAUAUCAAUGUUCUGUCAUCCGUGUUAAUGAUUGUCAAUUUUGAGCUAUCAGAAGAAUCGCAUGGAAUGUUCGUAUUAAUCUUUGUGUGUCAUCAUCCUUUGUUAUGAAGACUGAACAAAAAAAAGUUAUCUCUGCUCGUGCAUGAUAAAUGCUAUGAAUAUAUAAAUUAAAAACUGAAAAUAUAAGAUUGUGGUAACCUAAAUGAUGUUCAUAUGAGAGGAAUCAACAUCUAGUUUCUUAUACUGCGCGACAAUGAAUAAGCCACUUCAGAAUUAUGGAAGUAUCUCCUCUACAUCUCAGGAUGUUACAUUUGCAGGGGAUAGAUCCGUAGAAUUCAAUGCAGCAUGUGAUAGUGUUGUCACUAAUAUUUACACAAUAAACUCCAGUUUCAAAGUGUUGGACACAGCUCUAAAGAAUAUAGGUACAAAAAAGGAUAACCAUGGACUGAGGAAUAAAAUCCAUGUGACACAACUAAGUACAAAUGAUAUAGCUGCUGUAACCAGUAAAGAAAUAAGGAAACUAAAAUCUUUGAUGAAGAAGGGCAAUAAACAGCAGCAACUUCAAGUGGAGAAACUGGAAGAAAACUUCAAGGAAGCAAUAGGUCGUUACUCUGUUGUACAAAAGGAAAUAGCCACCAAACAGAAAGCUCAUCUUCUAGUAUCAGUCAACAUAGAAAAUGAAAGUUAUAAUAGGCAAGAGGAGAGUUCAGAACAGGAAGAGAAACAAAUGUUACAGGCUCGUGAGAUGGCUUUCGAACAAGAAAUGCUUAUGGAAAGAGAAACCAGAAUCAGACAAAUCGAAUCUGAUGUACUUAACGUCAAUGAGAUAAUGAGGGAGCUAGGUACUUUGGUGUAUGAUCAGGGGGAAGUUAUAGAUACAAUAGAAAACACUAUUGAUCAUGCUGUAGGAAACGUGGAAGAAGGAACUGAACAGUUACUGAAAGCUGCAGAAUAUCAGAAGAAAAGGAGGUGGAAACUUUUUUGGUUGGUUUUAGUUCUAUCAAUCAUUGCUGCCUUUAUUCUGAUAAUAAUAUUAGUUUCAUCUAGAAAAUAGUUGCUCGCCUACACUUCACCGAAAUUUUAUAUCUUGAUAUUUAUUUAGAGGUUUCCAUGGAAAUAUGUUCAUCUGAUUAAGAGGCUAGUUAGUUGAGAUAUAAGAUUCCAGACAAACUAAAGAUGUAGAAAAGGAAAUGUACUUGGAUAUGAUAUUUCUUCAUUGUUGUGUUUGAGAUUUAAUGUACCAUUUAAUAAAUUAAGGAAAAUCA